AUGAACAUUGACAAAGAUGGUAGCUCAACUGAGCCUACAUGUACCAGGCAGGAUUCUACGGUGAACCUUUCCACUGCUGAUGCCCUGUCCCUUUUUAGCUCUAGGCUGGAUAUCGCACUGAGUUCUCACCGUUCCCUCAUUUCGUCCGACAUUGACAAAAAACUUCAAAGUCAGGAGAAACUUUUGGCAGCGAAUAAGUCAGACUUUAAAUUUAAAUUUGAAGGGAACCGUAAACAGUUUGUCUUUAACUCUGAGAUAAGACUGGACAUUUCCAAAGCUAUUCAAGCUAUUAAAGACGAUAAUAGCGAAUUAGCAGAGUCGACGCUCACGAUCUGUCUCGCUCAUUUAGACGAGAGGAAUAAGAUUGUUAAGAUAGCGGACCGUCAUGGUUGGGACACGGUUGCUGAGUACGAAGAUGACCCUAUUUGUGACGACGCUGAUGAUUCUUCUAAGUUGCGUCAGGCUGAGGCCAGAGCACAGAGGAAACGGAAGGCAAAAUCUGCUAGCCGUAAUACGAAUAAGCCGUAUGAACGUCCAGGUCUUGGGCGGGGAAGCGGAGGCAACACGGGGAACGUCGAUCUUUUUCGAGGCUUUCAAAGUACUGGAGAAAUGGGAGAGUUCCCUUUCUACGCCCAAAGAGGAGCGGUUAACGGAAGUAUGCCUGGAGCGCCCGGGGGUUUCCAUCCCUCCUCAGCAGGACCGGUCAACAAACAAAACUCGACCUGUUUCUACUGCUACGGGGCCGGACACUGGGCCAGCAACUGCCCGAGGAGAGUCAGAACCACCCCAACCCACACCCAGAGUGUCCCCGCAAUCAAACAAUGAAGAUCAGAAGAUGAAGUCACGGUUGGUUGAGAUAUAUUCAUAUUCCAGUGACAGUGUUUUAAGUGUGGCGUUCGGGAAUGUGUAUUGGACUGAUUGAGUGGACUCUGAAGUACAUUCCUGAAUUUCGUCAAGUGCGCGAAUCUUGUGAAACAUGAUAUAUUGCUGUACACGAAUCUCGCAGGCUAUUAAAUUGUAAAAACAAUUGUUUGGUUUAUGUUAUUAUUGCUAAAUAGAUACGAAAUGAUUUAUGUACGGAUGAGGAACGAAG